GAUAGGUAGAAACAACAAUUAACGCUGCUAGAAACCACACCCCAUCAAAUAGCAUCGCAGUGAGCUGUUGCAGCAUCACAAAGCGAAGCUUCGUACCCGCCACGACUAGGGAGUGCCGUUUGUGUAUGUGUAUGUAUCUUUGAGUGCGUCUUCAGUUCAGAAUUUAAACAGUAACCGCGUCCGAAAAGUGCAUUCAACACCAAAUGGUUAGCUGGAUGCACCCGGAACCAGCAUGUUACGAGUGUCCCUCAACCCACUACUACUGCAGCUCGUGCUGAUCGGAGCGAGCGUGCUGGUGCACCAGGCGGUAGGGCAGCAGGGUGGCGUCGGUGGACUGCUGCGCAGCAGCAACAGCAACCCAUUCUAUGACAUGAGUCCCGACGACGACUACCUGGUCGGAGCAGGCGGGGGCCAGCGGGCGCCCGCCAGCGUCGACGAUCUGUUCCUUCGGGCGGGCGAUCUACGCAGCGCGGAAGACUAUUUCUGCCCGGAGCACUGGGCCGCGUUCCGUGGCACCUGCCUGCGGGUGCACAAGUCGCCCCGGAAGAGCUGGUACGCGGCGCAGAAGAUCUGCCAAGCGUACCAGGGUGAGCUGAUCAGCGUGGAUACGAUCGAGAAGCACUCGUUUGUGGUGCGGCUGCUCGACCGGGACGUGAGCAAACUGAACCGGUACUACGUGUCCGCCCGCCAGGUGUCGCCCGGCAACUGGGUGAACGCGGACAAGAGCCAGUUGAUCGCGAUCGAGGACGCGAUCAACUACGAGCUGCUGAGCGCGGACACGGCUGACGAGUUCCAGUCGUACUUCGAGGGCGCCAACGUGCGCAACGCGGUCGAUCAGGGCGAGGCCGAAGGAGAGAACGACCCGCGACGAUACUACCAGUUGGAGCGGUACCGGAACCGCAACUACCUCGUGCUCGGCUUCAACAUGCACAAGGAAAAGUGGCAGUUUUAUCCGGUGACCGGGGAGGAGCAAUACCUGUUCGUGUGCGAGUCGCGCGCAUUGUACAGCCAGGACAACCUUAACACGCUGCUGGAGGACCGGCGCCAGUUCGACUACGGGCUAGAGCAGACGGACGUGGAAAAGAUACCACGCGGCCCAUACUUCAUCCGGCAACCGGUCGACACGACGUACGACACAGGAAAGGCGAGUAUUACGCGCGACGUGACGCUGAGCUGCCUGGCGGGCGGGUACCCGACGCCUCGCUACACCUGGUAUAAGGAGGAGUACGUGAAGGACAAUCUGACGGUGAUCCAGAUCGAUCCGCUCCGGAACGCGCGGCACACAGUCAGCGGCGGCAAUCUGAUCAUCCACCGACCGUCCCAGAAUCUGGACCAGGGCACGUACCACUGCACCGCCCAGAACGCGUACGGCAAGAUCCUGUCCGAGAGCGUGCAGCUCAACUUUGGCUACAUUCUCGAGUUUAAUCUGCAGCGCGCGCCCGAAAAGGGCGAAGAGAACUGGGGCAAGGCACUUGUAUGCGAGGAGCCGCAGCACUAUCCAGACGUGAAGUUCUACUGGUCGCGCAACUACUUUCCCAACUUCGUGUACGAGGAUCAGCGUGUGUUCGUCAGCCACGACGGUUCGCUAUAUUUCAGCUCGCUCGAGGUGAUGGACCGGGCGAACUACUCCUGCACGGUGAUGAGCACGGUCAGCGACACUGGUCGGAAUGGGCCGUUCUUCGAGCUGUCCGUGACACCGUCGCCCCACUACCAGGACCUGAUAUUUGCCAACACCUUCCCGAAAGCGUUCCCAAAGGUGCCGCUCGCCGGCAAGGACGUGCGGCUUGAGUGCAUGACGUACGGAUACCCGGUCGCUUCGUAUAACUGGACGCGGCGCAACGGCAACCUGCCCCGGCUGUCCCGGCUGGAGAACUAUAACCGCGUGCUGCUGAUCCAGAACGCGACCGUCAACGACAAUGGCGAGUACGUGUGUACCGCGCGCAACGGGAAGAAAUCGAUCACGCAGAGCAUUUUCCUGAACGUGCAGAUGGAACCGAACUUCACGAUACCGCUGCGCGACCGCACCAAGGACUUCCAGAGCUCGGUUUCGUUCCUGUGCGAGGCGUACGCAAUGCCGGACGUCAACUACACCUGGUACAAGAACGGCGAGCUUAUGGAGGAGGACAGUGCGACCGGGGGCGGGCGGCUCAAUCGCGACAAGUACACGAUACAGGACAACCUGCUCAAGAUCAAUUAUCUCGAUCCGGAGGAGGACAAUGGCAUGUACCAGUGCAAGGCGACGAAUCAGCUGAAGGGCGUGUACUCGGCAGCGCAGCUGCGCGUCCUCAGCAUGAAACCUUCGUUCAAGAAGCGCCCACUGGAGUCGGAAAUCUACAGCAUCGCGAACGGCAACACCACGAUCCGGUGCGAGCCGGAGGCAGCCCCGACACCAAAGAUUGUGUGGAAGAAAGAUGGCAAUGUCAUUGGGAGCGGGGGUCAUCGGAAAAUCUACCCGACCGGCACGCUCCACAUCUCGCCGACCUCACGGGACGACGAGGGCACGUACACGUGCAUCGCCUCGAACACGCAGGGCAUGGCGGAGUCGAAGGCGCGCUUGAUCGUGCUGCAGGAGCUGCGCUUCACCGAGCAGCUGCCGCCGAAGCAGAUCAAGCAGAUCGGCGAGAUGCUGUUUCUGCGCUGCGACGUCACGUACGAUCAACUGCUGGACGUGGCGUUCGUGUGGACGCAUAACGGCCAGCUGCUGACCGGGCACGACGAUGCAGACGAGCAGCGGCUGCGACAGCAGCCGAUCGGACCAGCCCCGGAUGGGGCCCGCAUACGCAUCCACUACAACACGCUCGAGGUGCACAACCUGACGCUGGUCGACGGGGGCGAGUACGAGUGUGUGGCGAAGUCGUCUGUCAACCGGAUCGUGUCGCGCGCGACUGUCCUCAUCCAGGGGCCGCCCGGUGCCCCCGGUGCGGUCAAGGUGAUCGACAUCAAGAAGACGGAGGCACUGCUCGAAUGGACCAACGGUAACGACAAUGGGCGCCCGAUCUUGUACUACAAUAUCCUCGGCCGUACCAACUGGAACCGGACGUGGGUGAACGUGUCGACGCACGUGGUUGCGCAGGAAGCAGACCGAUACAAUGGACGCCGGCAGGCGACCGUCACGAACCUGACGCCGUGGUGCGGGUACGAAUUUGCGGUGGUUGCAGUGAACGAUCUCGGCCUCGGUACGCCCAGCCUCCCAUCGCCGAUGUACAGCACGCUCAAGGACCGGCCGUACAUAGCGCCGCGCAAUGUCGGCGGCGGCGGCGGCAAGAUUGGCGACCUGACCAUCACCUGGGACCCGCUGGCGCCGCACGAGCAGAACAGCAUCGACGUGCACUAUCGCGUGUUCUACCGGCUUCACGGGCAACGCGAGUGGGCCAGCGAAGAGUUGCAGCGCCAGGGCAACGUCGGCAAGGCGGUCAUCCACGUGCCAACGGACAAGUACUACACGCGGUAUGAGGUGAAGGUGCAGGCGGUGAACGAUCUCGGUGUAGGGCCGAUCAGCGAGCCUGUGGAGAUUUUCUCCGCCGAAGAUAUGCCCCAGGUGGCGCCACAGCAAACGAUUGCCCGCAGCUUCAACUCGACCGCAUUGAACGUGACGUGGGUGCCCGUAUCGCAGACGCGCGAAACGAUCCGCGGCAAACUGAUUGGCCAUCGCCUCAAGUACUGGAAGAAGGAGCACAACGAGGAAGACUCGGUGUACUAUCUUUCGCGCACCACCCGGCCCUGGGCGCUAAUCGUCGGCCUCGAGCCGGACACGUAUUACUUCGUCAAGGUGAUGGCGUACAAUGCCGCGGGCGAGGGCCCGGAAAGCGAGCGCUAUCUCGAGCGGACGUACCGCAAGGCGCCUCAGAAGCCGCCGUCCUCGGUGCAGAUCUAUGGCAUCAACCCGUCCACGAUCAAGGUGACGUGGCGCUACAUCGCACCGUCCCAGGACGAGGAACCGGUGCAAGGCUACAAGAUCCGCAUCUGGGAGAAGGACCAGGACAUGUCGAGCGCGAACGAUACGGUGGUGCUGGUUGGCCGCAAGCUGGAAAAGUACAUCGACAAUCUAACGCCCGGCAAAUCGUACAAUCUGCGUGUGCUCGCGUUCAGUAAUGGAGGGGACGGCCGCAUGUCCAGCCCGCCGAUCCAGUUCCAGAUGGGCAUCACGCAAUCGCCCCUGAACGACGCAACCAGCCUGUCGGUUCCGUUCUUUACAUUGGUCACGCUGCUAUGCGCAUUGCUGUGCCGCGUGUAAAUGUGACGCUAGCCGAAUGGUGAAACAGUCAUGCAACCUUCGUCGCCUCCGAAAAUGCCAUUCCACACAGAUCUAUACACAAAAUACGGCAUAACGCGCUUCAGUGACCUUAUGCAGAAGCGUGAUUCUGUUGUUUGCCUUUUCUUAUUUUCCCGCGCUGAGUGUCGUUUUGACCGAGCGCCUUAUAGACAUAAGCGUGUAGGUUAGUUUCGAUUGUCAAACGGGAAUUUCAUUACAGUGGAAGGUAGAUAGAUAACAAAAGAGAUAGAGAGAGAGAGAGAGAUAGCGAGAUAGAGAGAGAGAGAGAUAGAGAGAGAGAGAGAGAGA